GGGACGGCCGGGCGGGGCGGGGCGGCGUGGAGCCGAGCGACGGUUGCAGGAACGGUAGGGGCUGCAGGAGCGGAAUGGAGCGGGGUGUGCGAGUCUUCGGGGAACCCAAGGUGGAACUUCACAUCCAUCUGGAUGGAGCCAUUCGGCCAGAAACAAUCUUACACUUCGGCAAGAAAAGAGGGGUUCCUCUCCCCGGCAGCACCGUUGAUGACCUCAUGAAACACGUCAGCUAUGAAGUACCGCUGUCGCUCAAACUAUUUCUAGAGAAAUUUAAUCACUACAUGCCCGCCAUUGCGGGGGACCGCGAGGCGGUGCGGAGGAUCGCAUAUGAGCUGGUGGAGACGAAGGCAAAGGAAGGCGUCAUCUACGUGGAGGUGCGGUACAGCCCUCACCUGCUGGCCAACUGCCGUGUGGAGCCCAUCCCCUGGGGACAGGCUGAGGGGGACCUCACUCCGGAGGAAGUUGUUAACCUCGUAAAUCAGGGACUGCAGGAUGGAGAAAGGGAUUUCCACAUCAAAGCCAGGUCUAUUCUAUGCUGCAUGCGCCAUAUGCCAAGUUGGUCUCCAGAGGUGGUGGAGCUGUGCAAGAAGUAUCAAAACAACUCCGUGGUGGCCAUAGACCUGGCUGGGGAUGAGAUGCUGAAGGCUUCUUCUGAUCAUAAGAAGGCUUACGAGGAAGCAGAGCGAUGCGGCAUCCAUCGCACCGUCCAUGCUGGGGAGGCCGGGCCGGCUGCCAUGGUCAAGGAGGCCGUGUACGUCCUGAAGGCUGAGCGCAUCGGCCAUGGCUACCAUGUGCUGGAGGACCCCGAGCUGUACAGGGAGCUGCUGAGAACCAAAAUGCACUUUGAGGUCUGCCCCUGGUCCAGCUAUCUGACUGGAGCAUGUCUUCCGGACUUCAGGAAACACCCAGUAGUUCAGUUUAAGAAGGAUCAAGCUAAUUAUUCUAUCAACACCGAUGACCCCCUCAUCUUCAAUUCCACCAUUGACAAGGAUUACAGCAUAGUGAAGGAGUACAUGGACUUCACUGAGGAGGAUUUCAAGAGAGUGAACAUCAAUGCAGCUCAGUCCAGCUUCUUACCUGAGAAAGAAAAGCAGGAGCUUCUUAACACGCUGUAUGAAGCCUAUGGGAUGAUGCCUGCCACCUCGUGAUGCAUCCUGAGAGCCAGCGUGGAGCACUGGCCCCUUCCUCGUGUGUGCUUGGCUCUGCUCUGCUGGGGAGCAGCAGGAGGAGGUGCCAGGGGUCACCAUUACUGGUGCCCAGUGUUAACCCUUACAGCACUAAGCACAAUCAGGCUCCUAUCAUACACACCCACACAUCACCUCCAUGAACUGUGUCCCAAAUGGACAUCCAGCUUCCUCUUGCUGUUGAGCAAGCAGAUUCAACUCCUCCCUUCAUCUGCUGCUUCUGCCCAAUAAGUGAGAGCAGAAGGAGGUCCCCUGCCAUGCCUUAACCUUUUUCUGCAUUACAGGAAUAACCACUCCUGUGACUGUGGCCAGGAUUAAUCUUUGCCUUUCUCGGGAAAAGGUGUGCCACAGAGGAAGCAUGCGAGCACUUUGGAAGCAGAGGAUUUCUUCCCAUUCAUGCAGAUAGGGAGGUUUGGCUACAGCGAGGUUUACCUGUGGUUAGGCUUGUGCUAACAGGACUAGGAUAAGAACAAGCUGGGAACUGGUGCACAAGCCUGAAGGUUUUCUGUUUGGUUUUGUUGUUGUUGUUUUAAGAAAACCUUUCUGGCAUCCUCCCUCAGCCAAGGAGUUCUGUGUCUCAGGCCUUACAGUGUCACUGCCACAGAAGCACACAGCUUGUGCUCUAGCUGUGCUCAUACUUGCAUAGGAAGUUGGAACACUUUUACCAUUUUGGGCCAAAAUCUGCCUUCUGAGAUUCUUCCCAGUUUUGUACUCACCCUGGGGAAUUCCUGUGAACUACAUUUUGCUCUUCCUGUACCUUUGUUUAGAACCCUAGAAAAAUUGUGCUUGAUUGCCUGCUUUAGUCAUUCUGUGCUCUUUCUGACUUGUAAUCUUUAGGCACUGUUAAAACCCAGUGAGUAAAUGAAUAAGCUUGGGCCCAAUAUCAACUACUGUCUCAGGUUCUAUCUGAAUUGCUUCUCUCACUUAACCACAGCACUGGCUAAAGUCAGAUCUUCAUUUUGGUGGAGAAUUUAUGAGGAAAUAUUCACCAAAAUUCCAUUUUGCAUUACAUGACAGUAUUCUUUGCUAAUAUGCAAUAGAGCCAUGCAUCCAGAGGAGAGACCAUAAUUUUCCAACAGUCAGAGAGCAUCUUGGUGCACCUGAGGAGGGAGUGUGAUGUGUGGCAUGAUUUAGGUGGCUACAAAGACGUGUGCUCCAAAGAUACUACGCCAAAAAGUUGCCUUUGGCAGAGGGCUGUGGUGGUGGUGUGUAGCAUCUGCCUCGCUCUCAGCCAAGCACCUGAGUGCUGGGAACGUUUCCAUUCUUUCUAGGUUUUCAUAUUUGUCUUCUCAGUGAAGUACUCAUCUCUGAAAUACGUGGUGCAUAUCUACACAUAGAUAGGAGAGUGAAUUUCUUACUUUUAUAAAGAAAAUGAUAAAUCAUUACAUUUAAGAAUGUUGCUGUUAGAACCAAGCUUUUUUGGGUAAUUUUUCUCAAAAAAAAAAAAUGUUGCUGAGAAAUUGUUUGGAUUCUGGACAGUUGAUUGUUAAUCCUGUUUAAUAAAUUAACAAAUUUAUAUGAAAACAAAUGCUCUUGCCUUUCUGCUCAGGGGAGUUGGCAGGAGCCCUCCUCCAUGCUCUUUGGUGUGAGCUGUCAUACCCCUGUUUGGGUUAGUGGGUCGGUGUGUGGUGCUAUGGCAGCCUGCCUCCUCCUGUUACUACUUUGCUCUGAAAGCUUUAAUGCAGGGCAGGGAAGAGGGAAGGUGCCCCUCUUGUUAGACUUGCAAGCUGGAUUUGUUGAUGCAUGUUGUUCUGACCUCACGUGUCUCUUUAGUAAUCACAGAAAUGCCUCUCUUACCCUUUGAAGCAGCAGAUUGUCACUGUGUGCUCUCACUUUUUCUGAUGUGUAUCAAUAAUAGUUUACGUUUUCUCUCUGUUUCCUGAGUUUUGCACAGCUGUUUGAUGCUGACUUAAGGGGUGCAGCCUGGACUGUGAUGCUGUUGGACUGCUUUAUCAGGUGUUUUCUCAUUGACUCCCCCAUCCUUUGGUACAUGUUUGGAGUUCUGGGAGGUACUGCAUGCUGAAUUUCCAUCUGAAAUCAAAGGGCCAGAGCAUUUGUGUGCUCAGCAGUUUUGCAAGUCACGAUGUUGCUGGAUUCAUGCUGUGUCUAUGGUCUCAGUGCAGGCAGAUGAGUGGCAGGGGAACCUGAUGCCUGUGCUCUGAGGCACAGAGGGUGAGUUGAGGGGUCACUAGUGACCUGGCUAAAUAUAACAGCAACAGCUAUCUUCUGACCAGGGAGACCCAAGAUUAGCUCAUGCUUGAUUUCUGGGGGUCAUGUGUGGUGUGCAGUCCUUCUGCACCGCCCUUCAUGUGCAUAUCUGAACAAAAAUACUGCUUGGUGGAAGCAAGGAGAGCUAUAAAUGGAGCUUAAAGCCCAAACUAUACCGUCAGCCAGGACAGGAGCUAGCUGCUGGUUUGCCCCAGGGUAGCAGGGGGUAGGAUCUUGGCACCGCCUGGCAACAGAGCUGUAAUAGUAUCCUGGCAGCUUCCUUGAUGCCAAGGAAGCAGAUGAAGCCUCCAUCUGGCUGCCAAGUCCUUGUUCCUGUGUAGGUCAUUGUCUCAUCCAUUUCUGUCCUGACCCUGUAGUCAUUGCUUCUUGGAGACCAGGGGGCAAUUUGCCCUCUGUCUGGCAGCAACUUCUCUGCUUAUUUAUGGGGUUGUUUGUUCUGACAAAUCCCAAAUGUGGUGUUCAGUUCUUUCCAAGGUUGUGGAGGAGAUGCUUGUCCCUGUGUCACCGCUGGAGCUUUUCUGACAUCAGCCCCUGCCCUGCUCAGGACCCAGCAGUGCCUGUGGGGCUGGAGCUGUUCCAGUGCUCUGCCAGGCUCCUGGGUGGGGAAAUGCAGGCAUUGGAU